AGAACGAGGUCUUGUUCCACAUUCCUUCCACGCAGGCACAUCUUACCCUUACCAUUAUAAAUUUGAAACACUAAUCCGAUCCAGCGGUGAAGUUUCCGUUCUAUCUAAAUAGCGUGAGGGGAAAUUAGGGUUUCUGCAAGCUAGAUCGAUGUUGAUUUCGAUUGGAAAGGCGAUUAGCCCUUCCUGGAGGAAGGUGAAGACUGGGAAGAAGAGGCCUGAGGGAGUUCUCUGCGCCGCCGCCGCCGGCACGGGAAGCCUGAUGGAAGAGUACAGGAUGCUUAGGAUUCAGCCAGGGGCGUCUGAGAAGGAGGUCAAGAAGGCCUUUCGACGGCUCGCUUUGCAGUAUCAUCCGGAUGUUUGCAAGGGAAGCAAUUGUGGAGUUCAGUUUCAUCGGAUCAACAAAGCUUAUGAUGUUGUGAUAAGCAGUCUGAGGGCAUCAGAAGAGGAAGAGCAGGAACUGGAAUCAUGGCAGAAUUCUAAUGAUUGGGUUGGUGACGAAGAAGACCCGAAGGGAAUGUAUGACUCCAGCUGGGAUUCCUGGGAGGAGUGGAUGGGCUGGGAAGGGGCUUCCGUCUAUUGAUUUUGUUAUAUCAAUUUGGGGAUCAUGAAAUGGUUAGUAAGUUUUCCUCCAUUAGAUUAUGCUCGUUUUCAUGGUAUAUAACUGUGAAUUAGACUGUAUCAAAUGGAAUUGUAAUUAGGAAUUGUACAGUUUAAAAAUAUGAUCUCAAGUUCAGGAUGAGAGACACAGACCUUCAUCCAUUGAUUAGGAGCUUUGGAUACUGAUCAAGAGAUCUUGUAUUUGAAGCUUGUGUACGUGUUGUGUAUGAAUUUGACCUAAUUGGCUUAAAAGGCCUUAAAAAAAAGUUCAGGAUGAGAGGGAACAAUAAUGAAUCUUUAUUGUCAAUCCAUCUGGUUCAAAUAUCUGUGAUUAAUAGAAUGUGUUUCUUAUUCAGA